AUGAACCAGAAACACAUGACCUUCAGGACUGUCUUCAGGAAGUUGCUUCAGGACCCAGACCUCCAGGUGAAGGUGUCCUUUCCUCACCCUACCAGUCCUACCGUGGCAAAGCUGGAGUGUCACAAUGGUCCUAAACACACAUCUGCGUUAUCAAGUCCCUCUGUUGAAAUAAAGGAGGGCAGUUCAGUGACUCUGAGCUGCAGCAGUGAUGCCAACCCAGCAGCUGAGUACACCUGGUUUAAGAACAACCAACCUCUGCUCUGGGAACCAAGUCAACCUCAUUCCUUCCCCUCAGUCCGCUCUGAAGACAGAGGAACGUACCGCUGUCACGCAGAGAACAAAUAUGGACAACUAAGCUCGAACUCGAUAUUCAUGGAUGUGCAGUACGCUCCAAAGACCCCCUCAGUGACCGUGAGUCCCUCUGAUGAAAUAGAGGAGGGCAGUUCAGUGAUUCUGAGCUGCAGCAGUGAUGCCAACCCAGCAGCUGAGUACACCUGGUUCAAGAACAACCAACCGCUGCUCUGGGGACCAAGUCAACCUCAUUCCUUCCCCUCAGUCCGCCCUGAAGACAGAGGAACGUACCGCUGUCACGCAGAGAACAAAUAUGGACAACUGAGCUCGAACUUGCUAUUCAUGGAUGUCCAAUACGCUCCAAAGACCCCCUCAGUGACCGUGAGUCCCUCUGGUGAAAUAGAGGAGGGCAGUUCAGUGACUCUGAGCUGCAGCAGUGAUGCCAACCCAGCAGCUACCUACACCUGGUUCAGGGAACAUCAAGACUCAGUGAAAGAAUCAGGACAGAACUACACCAUCACUAAUAUCACAUCUGAGCAUGGAGGAAACUAUUACUGCCAAGCCCAUAAUGCAAUCGGACUUCAUAAUGCUGCCUUUUUGUUAAUCCAAGUGACAUCAUCAUCAUCAUCUUCUCAUCGAGCAAUGGUAGCUGUAACAACCAUUGCUGUCCUACUGGCCACCGUACUCCUCCUCGUCUUCCUCUGGAUGAGCCCUAUCGCUACGAGAGACUGUACAUUACAGUACCCGUGUGGUGCCCCGCGGCAGUGA